AAUUAUGUAUGGAAGUAUAACUCAAAUAAGAAUUUAUUAUUUAUUCUGUCCGGCUUUUUGACAUGACAUACUGUUAAUUGUUAUCAGAGACGACAGAUUAACAAUAUAUUUUUGUAUUACCUGUAAAUAUUUUUAACAUAUUUGUGUCAUCUGUAAAAUAAAAAAUAAUGGAGGAUGAUAUUCUAACUUCUGUGGAAAAUGGAAUGUUGAAAAUUAUAUUAAAUCGACCAGCAAAAAAAAAUGCUAUUACUAUUCUUAUGUACGAAAAAUUAAUACAACUUCUAAAUGACUCUGCUCAAGAUAAUAGCUUAUAUGUAGUAGUUUUAACUGGUACAGGAAAUUUUUUUAGUAGUGGAAACGAUUUUAUUUUUACAUUAAAAGGAACACGUAACCGUUCUUUUGAAACAAGUGAUAACAUAGAUAUUGUCAAAAAAUUAGUAGAUACGUUAAUUUUAUAUCCUAAACUUUUAAUAGUUAUUGUAAAUGGUCCAGCAAUUGGAAUCGCAACAACAAUACUUCCAUUAUUUGAUAUAAUAUAUACCUCAGAUACGGCUUACUUUCAUACACCAUUCACAAGCUUAGGCCUUAGUGCAGAAGGAUGUUCAACAUACACAUUUCCAAAAAUAUUUGGACGGUCCAAAGCUGGUGAUAUGUUAUAUUUAGGAUAUAAAAUGACAGCAUUUGAAGCUAAACAAUAUGGUUUUGUUAGCGAGGUAUAUAAAUAUGAAUGUCUAGAAGAUGUUUGGAUAUAUUUGAAGAAAUUAUCUCAACUUUCAUCACAAUCAAUACUUUCAAUUAAACGUUUGGUUAGAAAGUGGAAUGAAAAAAUAUUAUUAGAAGUUAAUGUUGAAGAAACAAAUGAAAUUACAAAACGUAUGGAGUCUACUGAUUGGGUAGAUAGAUUCAACAAGAUUAUAUUACACAAAAGCAAAAUUUAAAAAUUUAUUUCAUGUAAUAAUGAAGCAUUAUGUUUUGAUGUACAC